AUGAGGAUUCGGGGCAGGGGUGCAGCCUCAUGGCGCACUCUAUUGUUCGUUCUGUCAUGGACGACGACGGCAUUGGCAAAGGACGACGGACCUACGAUCAAGGUGUCCAAGUUUAAGCACCCGCCGCUGAACAUGAACUACUUCGAAGACUCAGACGUGGUUCUGUUCCAUGACAUGUCCGAGAACAACAUUUACCGAUCCGACGAUGCUGGAGUCUCUUGGGGAAAAGUUGCAGGCGUUCCCGACGGCGUUGCGUAUACCAUGACCAUGCACGAGUUUGACAACAGCCGAGCCUUCAUCAUCACCGACCGCAGAGAACACUUCAAGACCACAGACCGUGGCAAGUCCUGGGAGAAGUUUGACAGCGGCGCCCAGACGAGCCGAUACCGAGACCAGAUCCUCAGCUUUCACGCCGGUGAUCCCGAUCGCGUGAUUUUCAACGGCAUGGAUUGUGCAGGCAUAUUCUGCAACGAAGUGGCCACGUACACGACCAACAACUUCAAGGAGGCGAAGACGCUCAGGGGCUCGACCGAGGGCUGCUGGUGGGCCAAGUCCUCCGACCUGUUCACCACUGGCAAGGACGAUCUCGACCGCCAGCGCGUCCUCUGCAUCGGUGCCGACUCGAUUUCGCCUUUCAAGGAGGACCAGCGACUGUUCAUCUCGGACAACUUUUUCGAGAAGAUCGACGGCAAGGUACAACAGUUUGAGCCGAACCUGGAUACGAAUCACGGCAUUCAGGGAGUCGUCAACCUGGCCGUCGUCAAGAAGUACUUGCUGGUUGCCACAACAUCGAUCAACACAGACGAACUGUCCCUCUUUGUCACCGACGACACUCUCAAGUGGCAUCGCGCCAUGUUCCCAGCGGCGCACGGCCACAAGGUCAACCAGGGCGCCUACACUGUCCUCGAGGGCACCAACUACAGCAUCCAGGUUGAUGUCAUGAACACCCGUCCUUCAAACCCCAUGGGUGUUAUGUUCACGAGCAACUCUAAUGGCACCUACUUUGUCGAGAACCUCGAGCACACGAACCGUAACGAGAUGGGCAAUGUCGACUUUGAAAAGAUCUCGGGCAUCCAGGGCAUAUUCCUCGUCAACACCGUCAAGAACUGGGAGGACGUUGAGAAGCACGGCGGCAGCAAAAAAGAAGUUGUCACUCAAAUUACGUUUGAUGACGGCAGGACUUUCCACGAUAUCAAGGCUGGCGACGAUCGAGUCCACUUACAUUCAGUAACUCACCUUGACAAUGUCGGUCGGGUCUUCUCGAGCCCUGCACCAGGUCUCGUCAUGGGUGUUGGCAACACAGGUAGCUCGUUGAAUGCUUUCAAAGAGGGGAACCUGUUCGUCUCGGAUGACGCUGGUGCCUCGUGGAAGAAGGCUCUGGACGGCCCUCACAAGUACGAGUUUGGUGACCAAGGUUCGCUACUAGUAGCUGUCAAGGACUCUAAGAAGGACGACGUCGGCGAGGUUAGCUACUCGUUGGAUCACGGUCUCAACUGGAAGACAGCGGCGCUUCCUGAUGGCCUUAAGAUCAAGCCUGAGAUCAUCACAACCACCCAGGACUCCACUAGCCUAAAGUUUAUCCUUGUCGGGUCCUCUGGAGGUGACAACUACCAUGUUGUAGCCCUCGACUUCGGGGGCCUGCAGGAGAAGACUUGCGAGGACGGCGACAUGGAAGACUGGCCAGCCAGGGUGGACAAGGAUGGCAAGGCCAUCUGCGUCAUGGGACACAAACAGACAUAUCGCCGUCGCAAGAAGGACGCCGACUGUUUCCUGAAGAAGGAGUUCAAGGACCCGGUUCCCAAGACUGAGGACUGCGAGUGUUCCGACGCGGACUUUGAGUGCGACUACAACUUCAUUCGAAAGGAUGGCGAAUGCGAGAAGGCUGGACCGAUAGUUGCCCCCGAUGAGGCUUGCAAAAACGCUGGCCCUGACACCACUUUCAAGGGAUCUUCGGGCUGGCGCUUGAUACCCGGCAACACGUGCAAACGAAAGGACGGCUCGCAGAAGGAUGACCCGGUUGACAGAAAAUGCUCCGACGUUGUCAAUUCCCCGGCGCCACCUGCAAGUGGGGAUAUCACUGCCACGCAGCACAUUUUCCAAGAUACUAAGCUCAACGACUUUGAGAUAGUCUAUCUUGAGCGCGGCGACUCGAGCUCCGACUCGGACGAGACCGUCAUUGCGAGGGCGGUUGAGUAUGAGAAUGAUGGUUCGAUGAGGGUUGAGCAGCGCGUGUACCGCACGCGAGACCACGGCAAGAAGUGGGACGAGAUCUUGGAGAAGGAGGAAAUCAGGGGCAUCUACCCUCACCAAUAUUUCAAGAACGCCGUUUUCUUCACCACAAAGUCGAGGAAAGUUUGGUACACGAUCGACCAUGCCGAGCACUUCCACCAGUUUGAGGCUCCUUCGGACCCUGGCUCCGGAAACCCCCUGUCGUUCCAUCCUGACCAGAAGGACUGGCUCAUCUGGGUAGGCCAGAAGUGCGAGAAGGUGGACGGUAAAGAACAGUGCUUCAAGGAAGCUUCCAUUUCCAGGGACCGAGGCGACAACUGGCGGACGGCGCUGCGUUACGUUCAAAAGUGCGAGUUCACCGGCCGCUCCACCUACAAGUUCAGAGAUAUGCGACAGAUUGUAUGUCUCACCCACAAGCGUGAAGACAAUGAACCCGACAACCCCAAAGUCAUCGUGUCGAGCAAUGACUUUUUCGAAGAAGACAAGAAGGUGCGCGAGUCGAACGUCAAGGACUUUGCGACUAUGGCCGAAUUCAUUGUUGUCGCAGCCGAGGACAAAGAGCAGAAGGGACUUCGAGCGCUGGCCAGUCUUGAUGGUGAAACGUAUGCUGCAGCUCACUUCCCCUACAACUUUGAGGUGUCUCAUCAGAACGCAUACACUGUCCUUGACAGUUCUACGCAUGCGGUAAACCUGUUUGUGGCUACUCAUUUGGAGAAGAACCAGCGCCAGGGCAGUAUUCUCAAGAGCAACUCGAACGGCACGUCCUAUGUCAUGAGCGCUCCGAACGUCAACUGCGACAACAAUUACUUUGUCGAUUUUGAGAAGAUAAUCGGGCUUGAAGGUGUCGUGCUCAUCAACUCGGUGAAGGGCAAGGACAAGAAGGGCAACAAAAUCCUGCGCACUGAGAUCUCCCACAACGAUGGAUCGCAGUGGGCAUAUCUCCCGCCGCCCAAAGCCGACGUCAACGGCAAGGCAUACGGAUGCAGCAGCACUUACGGUGACGAAAAGUGCGCACUUCACCUCCACCACUACACUGAGCGUCUCGACAAGAAGAAGACAUUCUCGGCCGCCAGUGUGGCUGGUCUCAUGUUUGGCUACGGCAACAUUGGAUCGAGCCUGGGUCCGAUUGAGGAGGCGGAUACCUUCAUGACGACGGACGCCGGCAUCACAUGGAAGAGCGUCAAGAAGGGCGCCUGGACAUGGCAAUAUGGCGAUCAGGGUUCCAUUGUCGUCUUGGUGCCGCGUUCGACCGAGGACAAGGGUGCCAAGACCAAAUCUAUCUCGUACACGACCAACGAGGGCAAGGACUGGAAGGACUUUGAAUUCAGCAAAGAGGAGGUCACGAUACUCGACAUCACCUCGACUCGCACUGGCAGCUCGCGCAACUUUCUCCUGUGGUGCAGUUCAAGCGAUGGCAAGACCUUGUCCGUCAAUCUCGACUUCACUGGCUUGACGGAUCGUCCCUGUGUGAACCCUGAGAGCGGUGACUCAGAUUACUACCUCUGGUCGCCCACGCACCCUCUGCAGGACAAUGAGUGUCUGUUCGGCCACGUCUCCAAGUACCUCCGCAAGAAGACGGACCGCAACUGCUACAACGAUCAUCGCAUCGAGCAUCUCUAUGCCAUCAGCAACUGCACCUGCACGAGGGCCGACUAUGAGUGUGACUACAACUUUGAGCUCGACCCCCAUAAGCAGUGCAGCCUCGUGCCCGGCAAGAAGCCGCUGUCCGCCGAGCAGUACUGCAAGGAGAACCCGGACGCCGUGUCCUACUACGAGCCGACAGGCUACCGCCGCAUUCCUUUGACAACGUGUGUCGGCGGUACGGAGCUUGACAAGAUCUCCGAGGCCCACCCGUGCAAGGGCAAGGAGGAAGAGUUUGAAAAACUACGCGGCACAUCGGGCGUUGCCAUCUUCUUCGCCGUCGUCAUACCCAUCGGCAUCGCGGCCGCCGUCGGCUGGUGGGUGUGGCGCAACUACGGCAGCCAGUUUGGGCAGAUCCGCCUCGGCGAGUCGAGCGGGUUUGACAAUGACGCGCCGUGGGUCAAGUAUCCCGUCAUUGCCGUGUCGGCGGCCGUGGCCGUCGUGGCGGCCCUUCCGCUGCUCGUCUCGGCGCUCUGGCGGACGGCGUCGUCGGCGUAUGAGCGGGUGAGCGGCGGCGGCGGCGGCAGCUGGUUGAAUGGCGGCGGGCAGAGGCGGUUUACUACGAGAGACAGUUUUGCACGGGGGCGUGGGGACUAUGCAUCUGUUGACGAUGACGAGGGCGAGCUUCUGGGUGACGACAGCGAUGAGGAGGUUUGA